UGAAGGCGCGGGAGGGAGGUGUGUGUGUGUGUCUGCGCGGCGUUGGAGUCACGUGACUGGGUAUUGUCACCGGUGAUUUGAGGGAAAAGAUACGUUUUUUUUCGCGAAAAAAAAGCACAGCGUCGAUUCGACACAAAAAUUAUGAGGCAUUCGUUAACUUGUCUAAAGAUGACUGACCCAGGCCAAGAUCUUCUCCUGGCUGCUCUGAGCGAGAGUGGCAUUAGUCCCAAUGACCUGUUUGACGCAGACCCACUUGACACAGGCAUGGUGACGCCUCUGCCCACCAGUGGUGUCCAGCACCCCCCAACAGCAACUACGUUUGUGUUAAAUCAACUGAAUCAGCUGCCAAACCUCGGGACCACGCUGAUCGUGACAAAACCCAUCUCUCGACCCACAGUCACCGUAGCGAAGAUUGUUCAGACCUGCUCCACCACGCUGGCAUCAACGGCUGCUCCAACGGUGGUCACGGCGACAGUGAAGGACCAGAUUCAGCUCAAGGACUUGCUCAAAAGCAACAGCUUGUCUGAACUGAUGAAGAUGAAACCGCCAUCAAAUAUCGUUCAGCCCAUUACCACAGCAGCCAAUGACUUGAACAAUGGUGUUAAGAAGGAGCCAUUGAGCAAAGAAGUAACUCGGAUAUGGGUCAACGAGGACAUUAAAAUGAGAAGCUUUUCUCCUACUCCGAAAGUCCCUCCCAAAGAGGAAGAGGAGCCUGAGGAAGAGGAGGAUGAGGAGUUGGGCCAUGCAGACACGUACGCUGAAUAUAUGCCAAUGAAAUUGAAGGUUGGACUGCGCCACCCUGAUCCAGUUGUGGAGACGAGCUCCUUGUCCAGCGUGACGCCCCCUGAUGUGUGGUAUCGCCUGACUGUGCAGGAGGAGAUCAUUGACAGUGGCUGGCUCUCAGCACUGCAGCUGGAAGCAAUCACAUAUGCUGCUCAGCAACACGAGACCUUCCUCAACAACGGGGAUCGAGCGGCCUUUCUGAUAGGUGAUGGGGCUGGCGUGGGGAAAGGGAGGACCAUUGCCGGCAUUAUCUUUGAGAAUUACCUGCUGGGUAGAAAGCGAUCACUGUGGUUCAGUGUAUCUAAUGACUUGAAAUAUGAUGCCGAAAGGGAUCUGAGGGACAUUGGAGCGAAGAAUAUUCAGGUUCAUCCACUGAAUAAGUUUAAGUACGGAAAGAUCUCUUCCAAACAAAAUGGUAGCGUGAAGAAAGGUGUCAUAUUUGCCACAUACUCCUCACUGAUUGGUGAGAGUCAGUCGGGCGGCAAAUAUAAAACCAGGUUAAAGCAGCUCCUGCACUGGUGUGGGGAGGACUUUGACGGAGUGAUAGUGUUUGAUGAAUGUCACAAAGCUAAGAACUUGUCCCCAGUUGGCUCUUCAAAGCCCACAAAGACUGGUCUGGCUGUGCUGGAACUACAGAACAAAUUACCAAAGGCGAGGGUGGUGUACGCUAGUGCCACAGGUGCUUCAGAGCCACGGAACAUGGCUUACAUGAACCGGCUUGGAAUUUGGGGUGAGGACCCCUUCAAGGAGUUCAAUGAUUUCAUUCAGGCUGUGGAGAGGAGAGGUGUUGGGGCGAUGGAGAUUGUUGCCAUGGAUAUGAAGCUGAGAGGAAUGUACAUUGCCAGGCAGCUGAGCUUUUCUGGAGUGACCUUCAAGAUUGAAGAGGUGCCUCUUAGUCACGAUUACAUCAAGAUGUACAACAAAGCUGUGAGACUGUGGGUGGAGGCCAGGGAGAAGUUCCAGAUGGCAGCAGAGCUGAUUGAUGCGGAGCAGCGCAUGAAGAAGUCCAUGUGGGGACAGUUUUGGUCGGCACAUCAGAGGUUCUUCAAAUAUCUCUGCAUCGCCUCUAAAGUCAGGAGAAUAGUGCAACUCGCUCGGGAAGAAAUAAAAAAUGGAAAGUGCGUGGUGAUUGGCCUGCAAUCCACUGGAGAGGCACGGACACUGGAAGCCCUGGAGGAGGGGGGCGGUGAGCUCAACGACUUUGUUUCCACAGCCAAAGGUGUGCUGCAGUCAUUGGUUGAGAAGCACUUCCCGGCCCCUGACAGGAAGAAGCUGUACAGUUUGCUGGGAAUAGACAUGAACAUGCCCAGCAAUCACGACUCCCCCGUCGACAGCCCUUCCCGGCAGAAUAAAGGAAAGAAGCGAAAAGCAAAUGAAGACAAACGGGAAGCCAAAAAGGCCAGGAAGAGCAAAGGUCUGGCUGGGAGCAGUUCCUCAGAGAGCGAGUCGGCGGCGUCUGAGAGCGAGGAAAGCGACGAGGAGAGUUUCCAUUCUGUCAGUUCUGGCGAUGAUGACUUUAACCCUUUCCGGGAUGAAUCUUCUGAUGGUGAAGAUGAUCCUUGGUUAGUGAGGAAAGAUCGCAAGAAGGACAAAGACAAGAAGAAGAAAAAGAAAAGCAUCGACCCCGACUCUAUCCAAAGUGCGUUAUUGGCCUCUGGCCUGGGCUCGAGAAAGCCGAGCUUCUCAACAGCUGCAAUCAGCAUCACACCAAAUAACUCCCUCCCCGCAGAGAAAACGCCUACCAGCAGUCACAGCGUGGUGGCCAGCCAGGAUGCAGUGGAGAGAGCCCAGCAGAUGAAGCGGGAGCUGCUGGACAAGCUGGAGAGACUGGCCGAGGAUCUGCCGCCCAACACGCUGGACGAGCUGAUUGACGAGCUCGGGGGUCCGGACAACGUGGCCGAGAUGACCGGGAGGAAAGGCAGGGUAGUGAGCAACGACGACGGCAGUAUCUCGUACGAGUCUCGAUCAGAACUCGAUGUUCCCGUAGAAAUCCUGAACAUCACGGAAAAACAGAGAUUUAUGGGCGGGGAGAAGAACAUUGCAAUAAUUUCGGAAGCGGCCAGCUCUGGAAUCUCGCUGCAGGCGGAUCGCAGGGUUAAAAACCAGAGACGCAGAGUGCACAUGACCUUGGAGUUGCCGUGGAGUGCGGACCGUGCCAUUCAGCAGUUUGGAAGAACACAUCGGUCAAAUCAAGUGACGGCCCCAGAGUACGUGUUCCUUAUCUCAGAGUUGGCAGGAGAGCAGAGGUUCGCUUCCAUUGUUGCAAAAAGACUGGAAAGUCUGGGUGCUCUGACACACGGUGACAGGCGGGCCACUGAAACCAGAGAUCUGAGCAGGUUCAACUUCGACAACAAGUACGGAAGGAAUGCCCUGGAAAUCGUAAUGAAAUCCAUCGUAAACCUGGAUACUGCAUUGGUGCCUCCUCCUAAAGACUACCCUGGAGAUUUCUUUAAGGAUGUUCGGCAGGGACUAAUCGGCGUGGGUUUAAUAAAUCUGGAAGAUCGGUCAGGAAUACUUACCCUGGAUAAAGACUAUAACAAUAUUGGCAAAUUCCUGAACCGCAUCCUGGGGAUGGAGGUGCACCAGCAGAACGCUCUUUUCCAGUACUUCUCAGACACGUUGAGCGCCGUCAUCCAGAACGCCAAGAAGAACGGACGCUAUGACAUGGGCAUCCUGGAUCUGGGAUCUGGAGAUGAGAAGGUGAAGAAACUGGAAGGAAAGAAAUUCUUGACUCCGGGGUAUUCUGUAUCAGGAUAUGUUGCACUUUACACAAUCAGCGUGGAGCGAGGAAUGUCCUGGGACGAUGCUGUCAAGAUCUGGGCUGAGCAGAUGGGAUCAGAGGAUGGAUUUUACCUGUCGCUGCAGAUCAGGAACAACAAGAAGACUGCGAUCCUGGUGAAAGAGGUGAACAGCAAGAAGAGGCUGUACAUGAUGUACAGGCCCAACACUGGCAAGCAGCUCAAGCUGGAGAACUACGGGGACCUGAAAAAGAAAUACAAAAAAGUUAGCAGUGGGGACGCCGAGUCGCAUUGGAAGGAACAAUACAAGUCAUCUGCAGAAACCUGUACACACGCAUACUGGCGUGGAAACUGCAAAAAAGUCAGCAUCGGGCUGGUGUGCGAGGUGGGGCUGCGCUGCCGCAGCUAUCACGUGCUCUGCGGCUCCGUUCUCAGCGUCUGGACAAAGGUAGAAGGUGUCCUGGCCUCCGUGAGUGGGUCGAAUGUAAAAAUGCAGAUCGUGCGAUUAAAAACAGAAGAUGGACAAAGGAUUGUUGGUUUGAUCAUUCCUCAGAACUGUGUGUCUCCGUUAUUAAACAUUCUGUCGACGUCAGACCAGUCGCAACAAGUGGCACUUCAACAGCAGCAGAUCUGGCAGCAGCUUCACCCCCAGAGCAUGAGUCACAUGAGCAACACAUAGUGGCUGGCUGGCUGGCUGCUGGCCGCCAUGGCACACGUGCGACUUAACCAAACUUUUACUUGAAAACUGUAACCUUUACAGCAGUGCAAAACACCUGUGCCAUCAUCUUCACUGUUUACAGGAAUUCAGGGCUCUUCUUCCAAAGCUAUUCCUUGAUAGUGAAGCACUGGUGAAAAUAGUGUCUGGGAUUCCCUGUACGUGGUCGCAAACUCAAGUUCUGAUUGAUUGAUGGAUGGAUGAAUGGACGGCGGUUGAAGGCCAGGAACUUUGGACUAUUUUUUUUUUCUCCUAUGAAAGGAUUUUUGCAAAUUUUUGGCACGUGGGGGAUGGCUGCACCGGGUCCUGUAGGCAACAGCACUAACGUGACGAGAUUGUCUUGCAUCGUUGCGUUUUUAAAAAAAAAAAAAAAAAAAAAAAAUUUGCUUGCGACCUUAUUGGAAAUGUACUCCCUGGUUUAUAUUCUCUGGCUCCAUAGGUUACCUAACCACACUGGCUCACACAGAGCCAGUUCCCAUUCCGUGCUCACUCGUCACUGGGGUCCUGCAAACUGGGAUGUAAAUUUUUCUAAUCCAAAAAAAAACUUCAAAAAUCCUCCUAUUUAAAAAAAAAUUAACGGAAAGUUUAUAAAGGGGGAAACGGCAGGGCAGGGGUUAAUUACUUUAUACAGAACCUUGUUUUUGAAUAUGCUGAGAUGCUUUUCCUUAUCUGCAGUGUAUAAUUUCUGGGUAUCUGCAAAUCGUAUGUCCUGUAUUUCAGUGUUUUCAUGGCACAAUCUUAAAUUAUCUGGUGAUUUUAUAUUAAAAUUCUGACAACCACUUUCACAGCUCCAUCAUAUUGAAUCACUUUCAUUUAGUACUGGUCACUUAUUGUCUUACCGAGUGCAAUUUUUAUGUGAUGCUCUCUGCGGUUCGGGCGAAGUGUUUCAACGGAGCGAUCGGGACGCAGUUUUUAAACAAAACUAUUGCAACCGGCUGGACUGAAUAUUAGCAGUGAUUGUGCUCGAGGAUGUAUGGAGAAAUGUGCGAAAACUUAAACCGACCGGUUGCUCGCAAAAGUAUCAAAGUUACGAAUUCCAAGUUUUUUUAAUUUUAAAGAAAAACUUGUACAUUUUUUUUCUUACAAUUAACAGCACUUUGGUUGCAAGUUUCACUUCUGUUUAUAUUAAAAAAAAUUGCUUGGUCGAUGUGUGUGUAAAAAAAAAAAAUGUCUGACGGGGAAAACUCCAGAAUACUGCACUAUGUGCGGGUUCCUCAGAAGUGCUGUUCACAAGGAUUUCAGUGCUGUUGGGGGGGGAUAUUUAACAAGAGCUUUAGAUAUUUAGUUAGUAAGAUUUGUACUGUACAAAUGUGUAUAGUCACAUCUAUGAUAUGAACAGUUUGUUUUUGACUUAUAAAUAGUUUGUGAACUUUGUUUCUCGGAGUGAAGGGAGUUUGUCAUUUCCUCCUCGUACGGGUUGCACUACUGAAGACGCUGAAUAGUUUGGAAACUGUAUAUUUAAAAUUUAGAGACGUCAGAUGGAUAAGCUACUGCGAGAUGGAGCUCUUGUAGCGGACUCUUAAUAAAUCUUAUUGUACUAAUGCAAA